GGCGACAUCCAGCAGCUGCUCAUUGUCUCAGAUCAUCAAGCCGCCUACGACUACUGUGAACACUACAGCCCAGACUGCGACACGGCGGUGCCGGACGUGCCUCAUUCGCAGGACCCAAACCCUGAUGAAUACUAUCCAGACGGGGCCGGGAACAUGGAAGUUGAAGGAGAAACUUACUAUUAUGAAUACCCCUACUAUGAGGACCUCGAUGACACAGGGAAAGCCACCCCGACCACUGCCCAACCUGUGGAAACUGAUGGAGUAGCCAGGGAAGUGACUGAAACCACUGAGAGCCCCACCCCUCCGCCCACCCCCCCACCGGUGGUGGAGAAGACCCAGGAGGAGAUUCCCAAGGAAGAGGAUGAACUGCUGUUGGAGGAAUACAACUACGGGCCCAUUACGGACGAGUACUACACGCCACUCCCUUACGAAGAUCUCAACUAUGAAGACCUGGACAAUUUCGAUAAGCUCCCAGAAGAGGGCAUUGAGGCAGAAGUUCCCACCAGCACGGUCAUCACCUACAACGAAACGGAUGAGAGACCCCCACCUGGUGAAGGUGGAGAGGAUCCUGACAAAGAUUUCUCUGUCACUGAGUACGGGGAAGGAUACUACGAUGGUUACUUCGACAGGACUGACUCCCCUGACAUUGGACCCGGGAUGCCUGCUAACCAGGAUACCAUUUAUGAGGGGAUCAGUGGACCUCGAGGCGAAAAGGGGCAGAAGGGAGAGCCAGCGAUCGUAGAGUCAGGCAUGCUUCUCGAAGGGCCGGCUGGCCCAGAAGGCCCAGCCGGGCUUCCAGGUCCUCCGGGAACAACGGGGCCAGCGGGCCCACUGGGAGAUCCUGGAGAAAGGGGUCCACCCGGACGUGCAGGACUUCCUGGUGCUGAUGGUUUGCCAGGCCCACCCGGGACGAUGCUGAUGCUGCCGUUCCGGUUCAGCGGGGGUGGAGACGGGGGCUCGAAAGGGCCCCAAAUCUCUACCCAGGAGUCCCAAGCCCAAGCCAUCCUGCAGCAGGCCAGGCUGGCUCUGAGGGGACCCGCUGGCCCAAUGGGACUGACCGGAAGACCAGGCCCCAUGGGGCCCCCAGGUGGUGGAGGAAUCAAAGGUGAAUCUGGAGACUUGGGACCUCAGGGUCCACGAGGGGUGCAGGGCCCUCCAGGUCCGUCAGGGAAACCAGGACGACGGGGACGGGCUGGCAGCGAUGGUGCUCGGGGGAUGCCAGGCCAAACGGGACCGAAGGGGGACCGAGGUUUUGACGGCCUGGCUGGGAUCCCUGGAGAAAAGGGGAACAGGGGUGAUCCUGGCCCCUCGGGCCCCCCAGGAGCCCCAGGUGAAGAUGGUGACAGGGGUGACGAUGGAGAAGUUGGGCCCAGAGGUCUCCCCGGCGAACCUGGUCCUCGUGGUUUGCUUGGACCGAAGGGACCUCCGGGGCCACCAGGACCUCCGGGCAUUACUGGGAUGGAUGGACAGACUGGCCCUAAGGGGAAUGUGGGUCCCCAAGGUGAGCCUGGACCCCCAGGUCAACAGGGAAGUCCAGGCGCUCAGGGUCUUCCUGGUCCUCAAGGUCCAAUUGGAGCCCCCGGAGAAAAGGGUCCCCUGGGAAAAUCCGGCCUUCCUGGCAUGCCUGGAGCAGAUGGUCCCCCGGGCCACCCUGGCAAAGAAGGGCCUCCCGGCGAGAAGGGGAGCCAGGGUCCAGCUGGCCCCCAGGGCCCACUUGGGUAUCCCGGCUCCCGUGGAGUGAAGGGGGCCGACGGCAUCCGUGGCUUGAAAGGGACGAAGGGCGAGAAGGGUGAAGAUGGCUUCCCAGGAUUCAAAGGCGACAUGGGCAUUAAAGGCGACCGGGGUGAAAUUGGCCCUCCUGGUCCUCGUGGGGAGGAUGGGCCAGAAGGCUCGAAAGGCCGCGGUGGCCCCAAUGGAGAGACAGGCCCUCUAGGUCCAUCUGGAGAAAAGGGAAAACUUGGCAUUCCUGGUUUGCCUGGAUACCCUGGAAGACUUGGCCCCAAGGGCUCCAUUGGAUUUCCAGGGUUCCCCGGAGCCAACGGAGAGAAAGGAGGAAGGGGCACCGCUGGCAAACCGGGACCCAGAGGACAGCGAGGACCCACGGGUCCCCGAGGAGAACGCGGCCAGCGAGGCAUCACAGGGAAGCCUGGUCCGAAGGGCAAUUCUGGUGGGGACGGACCUCCGGGACCUCCAGGUGAAAGGGGACCUCCAGGCCCUCAAGGACCAACCGGGUUUCCUGGACCAAAAGGGCCCCCGGGUCCUCCGGGAAAAGAUGGAUUGCCAGGCCAUCCUGGGCAGAGAGGCGAAACGGGCUUCCAAGGGAAGACGGGUCCACCUGGGCCUCCAGGUGUUGUUGGUCCACAGGGCCCCACAGGAGAAACGGGUCCGAUGGGUGAACGGGGCCAUCCGGGCCCUCCCGGCCCCCCCGGUGAACAGGGACUUCCUGGCUUGGCUGGAAAAGAAGGAACAAAGGGUGACCCAGGCCCGGCCGGCUUGCCCGGGAAAGAUGGCCCAGCCGGCUUCCGAGGCUUCCCCGGCGACCGAGGACUCCCCGGCCCAGUUGGACCUGUGGGGCUGAAGGGCAACGAAGGGCCCCCGGGGCCUCCUGGACCAGCAGGCUCUCCAGGGGAGCGAGGUCCUGCGGGAGCAGCUGGCCCAAUUGGUCUGCCAGGACGUCCUGGACCCCAAGGGCCCUCUGGCCCUGCGGGUGAGAAAGGGACCCCGGGUGAAAAAGGCCCUCAAGGCCCAGCUGGACGAGACGGCAUCCAAGGACCAGUUGGGCUUCCGGGUCCUGCCGGCCCGGUUGGCUCCCCAGGGGAAGAUGGAGACAAGGGUGAAAUUGGUGAAUCAGGGCAGAAAGGAAGCAGAGGUGACAAAGGAGAACAGGGUCCACCAGGUCCUAUAGGUCCACAGGGCCCAAUUGGCCAACCAGGUUUAGCGGGAGCUGACGGGGAGCCUGGCCCACGAGGACAGCAGGGCCUUUUUGGACAGAAGGGGGAUGAAGGGCCGAGAGGAUUUCCUGGCCUUCCGGGACCGGUUGGGUUGCAGGGCUUACCUGGACCUCCAGGUGACAAGGGAGAAACUGGAGAUGUUGGUCAAAUGGGUCCUCCGGGCCCUCCCGGACCCAGAGGCCCAGGUGGACCCCCUGGAGCUGAUGGACCACAAGGCUCAGUCGGAGGGAUUGGAAAUCCAGGGGCCGUUGGUGAAAAGGGAGAACCUGGAGAAGCGGGAGGGCCUGGCCUGCCCGGAGACUCUGGACCAACAGGUCCUAAAGGAGAGAGGGGGGAAAAAGGGGAAGCAGGCCCCUCUGGGGCUGCUGGCCCCCCAGGUCCCAAAGGUCCCCCAGGAGAUGAUGGCCCCAAAGGGAGCCCGGGUCCAGUUGGCUUUCCAGGUGAUCCAGGUCCUCCGGGGGAGUCUGGUCCAGCUGGUCAGGAUGGCCCACCAGGUGAUAAGGGAGAUGAUGGUGAACCUGGCCAAACGGGGUCCCCGGGUCCAACCGGAGAGCCAGGCCCUUCUGGACCACCAGGCAAGAGAGGGCCACCUGGACCAGCAGGACCGGAAGGCCGUCAGGGAGAGAAAGGCGCCAAGGGUGAAGCUGGAUUGGAAGGACCGCCUGGGAAAACGGGUCCUGUUGGUCCUCAGGGACCUCCAGGAAAGCCAGGUCCAGAUGGACUUCGGGGAAUACCUGGCCCAGUGGGUGAGCAAGGGCUUCCAGGCUCCCCAGGCCCAGAUGGACCUCCUGGCCCGAUGGGUCCACCUGGAUUACCUGGCCUGAAAGGGGAUUCGGGUCCAAAGGGAGAAAAGGGCCAUCCUGGGCUGAUCGGUCUUAUUGGGCCUCCCGGCGAGCAAGGAGAGAAGGGAGACCGAGGACUGCCAGGACCUCAGGGAGGAUCAGGGCCUAAAGGAGAACAGGGUAUUCAAGGUCCGUCCGGCCCUCUUGGCCCUCCUGGUCCUCCAGGGCUGCCGGGGCCCCCCGGUCCAAAAGGUGCUAAAGGAUCUUCCGGGCCAACCGGUCCAAAGGGAGAAACUGGCCAUCCCGGCCUACCAGGACCUCCUGGUCCUCCAGGAGAAGUCAUCCAACCCCUUCCCAUCCAGUCCUCCAAACGGACUCGCAGAAACAUUGAUGCCAGCCAGCUGAUGGAUGAUGUCAAUUCUGACAAUUACAUGGACUACCAUGAGGGCAUGGAGGAGAUCUUCGGCUCCUUGAACUCUCUGAAACUGGAAAUCGAGCAGAUGAAACACCCCUUGGGCACCCAGCACAACCCAGCUCGGACCUGCAAGGACCUGCAGCUUUGCCACCCGGACUUCCCAGACGGAGAAUAUUGGGUAGACCCGAAUCAAGGCUGUUCCCGGGAUUCCUUCAAAGUGUACUGUAAUUUUACUGCUGGUGGGGAAACUUGCAUCUUCCCAGAUAAGAAGUCUGAGGGGAGCAAAAUGGCCCGUUGGCCCAAAGAGCAGCCAGCCACCUGGUAUAGUCGCUACAAGCGAGGGUCUUUGCUCUCCUACGUGGACGCUGACAGCAACCCCAUCGGAGUGGUUCAGAUGACUUUCCUGCGGCUCCUGAGUGCCUCCGCUCACCAAAACGUCACCUACAACUGCUUCCAGUCCGUGGCGUGGCAUGAUGCCACUGCGGGCAACUACGAGAAGGCCCUGCGCUUCCUGGGCUCCAAUGACGAAGAGAUGUCGUAUGACAACAGCCCUUUCAUCAGGGCGGCCCUUGACGGCUGUGCGGCAAAGAAGGGUUACCAGAAGACGGUCUUGGAAAUCAGCACCCCCAAAGUUGAGCAGGUCCCCAUUGUCGACAUCAUGUUCAAUGACUUUGGCGAAGCAUCUCAGAAGUUUGGGUUCGAGGUGGGACCGGCGUGCUUCAUGGGCUGAGGG